ACCUUUCUCGCGACGCAAACGCAAUAAGCAGCAAACGCAAUUGGCAGCAAACGCCUUACUUAAUUCAUUUCAGCUUCAGCCAGAGAAGAGAUAAGCAAGCAUUAAGCAACGGUGACUUUGUUUAUUUGACUUUGCCCACAAAGUGUUUGAUGUGUCGUUCUUAUCUCAAUCUCGCGUUGGUUGAGUAUGUGAGUGGUUGAAGACUUAGAAAUGGCAUUGUGUCUUCCUUUCUCAUUCAACAAUCCCAAACCAGUCACUUCACUUAGUUCCAGCUUUUUUCUUGCUGGAACAACACCUUUAUCCUUUCCUAUCAAAAGAAAACUAAAAACCCGUAACUCCCUCAACAAUGUCACCGUUUCAAUUUCUUGUUCCAAAAUCAAACUUGUGCGUGAUCGUACCCUUGACAGGCAUGUUGUCGUGAAGAAUAAAAUUAGAUUUGUGCAAAAGCUAAAAACUUUACUUCUCUCCAAGCCAAAGCAUUUUCUUCCACUUCACAUUCUGUCAAAAUGUCGGUCUUAUUUUUCUUUUUCUAAGCCUCGAUCCUUACUUGCUAUGAUCCAUCGUUAUCCAUCCAUUUUUGAACUCUUCACUAUCCCAUGGCCACCUACACCACCCAAUGCAACUAAGUUAUAUCCACAGCUAUGUGUUCGAUUAACUCCAGCUGCGGCUACCCUUGCAGCCGAAGAGUUGCAUCUUAAAUCUUCCAUUUCUAAUACGUUGGCAGCCAAACUCCAAAAACUUCUCAUGCUGUCUUCUCAUCACCGGUUACUUCUGGCAAAAUUAGUUCACCUAGCUCCAGAUCUUGGUCUCCCUCCUAAUUUUAGAUCACGGUUGUGCAAUGACCAUCCGGACAAAUUCAAGAUUGUUGACACAUCCUAUGGCCGUGCACUUGAGCUUGUAUCUUGGGACUUAAACUUGGCGAAGCCUGUGUUGCCUCCUGCACCCCGUUCUCUUGAUUUAAUAGUUGACCGGCCUUUGAAGUUCAAGCAAUUGAGACUUAGAAAGGGGCUCAAUUUAAAGAGAUGUCACCAGGAUUUCUUGCUAAAAUUUGAAGAAAUGCCAGAUGUGUGCCCUUAUACGACUCCUGCUGAGGCUUUGGCCAAGGAAUCAAUUGAGGCAGAAAAGAGAUCUUGUGCUCUAGUAAGAGAGAUUCUUGGAAUGACAAUUGAAAAGAGGACUUUAAUGGACCACUUGACCCACUUCAGAAAGGAGUUUGGCCUCCCAAACAAGUUGAGAGGGUUGAUUUUAAGGCACCCAGAAUUAUUUUAUGUGAGUUUGAAAGGGCAACGACAUUCAGUUUUCUUGGUGGAGGGAUUUGGUGAGAAGGGUGAGUUAUUGGAGAAGGAUAAGGUUUUAUUCAUACAAGAUAAAUGGAUGGAUUUGGCUAGGGAAUCCAAGAGAAUGCGAAGAGAAAGAAGGAAGGGUAGGAUUGACAAAGAAGAUAGAAGCUUGAGUGAUACUAAUCAAAAUAAUGAUGACAGUGAUGAUGAUUAUGAUGACAAUAUCACAAUUGAUAAUUUUAAAGAUGGUUAUGAUGAUGGUUUUGAGGAUAUAUUUGAAGAUUUGGAUUUUGAUGCCGAGGAUGAUGACCAUAGAAACAGGUUAUUGGCCCAAAACAAGAAUGCAGAAUUCUGGACUGCAGGACCUUUUUCUAGUCAAAAUGGUUUGGAUGGAGCACAGAAGCAACCUUGGUAGUUUUCAAUUUGAAGAACCAAAUUUUCCCUAAGUAAAGCGAUAGAGUUUUCAAAAGUAAAGCAAUGCAGUUUCCAAGUGGUAAAACAAUAGUUCCUACCUGCAUGUACCAUACUAUGAUGGAGAUAGUGCUCUGUGCUUGACAAUUAACUUACUAUAAUAGUUGAAAGAUCAUUCAAUGUAAGUUUGUGUAUAUAAUAUAACAAGAUUUGAGUGAAAAUAUAAAGUUCAGAGGCCUUUAUUUGUGCCGAAGCUUCCACCACUCAAUAUUUGUUGUCUUUAAUAUGCUAGCUAGCAUUCUUUUUCCUUUUUAUUUCAUUAUUUUUUGGAUAACUCAAACAUAUAUAGGAAUUGUGAUUUUGUAAAUAAUUUGUGACUCCGGCUUUAGGGGUUAUCUAUAGACAUCCAAUACUCGUUUCAGUGAUAUAAUACUAAUGAUAUCAAUUACUGCUUUCCUGU